AUGAUCCGUAGCCGGGCGCUGUUGGCAGUCACAGCUAUACCCGCAAGCGUGCUCAUCCUAUAUACUUGGCACCCAUGGCAAAAUUUCAGUCGGAUCGACUGUCGAAGAGGGCGCCAGCAAUUCGAGCGGGAGUAUGGUCGUGCGAAUCUCAGGCUAUCAAGGGGCUCCCUGUACCGGCUGAAAAAGUUCAUGGAUAAGGUCGCGAAGGGAGAGUCAUUGACCAUCUCUGUGGUCGGUGGAAGCGUCACCCGCGGGCACCAUGUUUGGACAGAAGAGAUCUGGUUCUCGCGCUUGGUAGAGUGGAUCCGAUCAGUAUCUCCCAGAAAAGCGAAUCACAUCUCUGUAAACGGGGCUACCGCAGCUACUGGCUCCGACUACUUUUCUUACUGCUACCCGCUGCAUAUCCCCUCCGACUCGAAUCUGGUGCUCAUCGAGCUGGGGAUCAACGAUUCAGCAUGGGAAGGGCAUAUCGUCAAUCUAGAGAAUCUGCUGCGUGGACUGUUGGAGAUGGAGUCGAAACCAGCGGUGAUUGUGGUCGAGGCGAUGGCGUUCGCGAAUGGAGGGGUGGGCGGAGGUGGAGGAAGGAUGCAUCUACCUGUUGCUCAGUACUAUGGUAUGUCUUUCUGCUGCCAGCGACACCCUCUAGCCAGCCAUUUCGGACGAUAUCCGGAACUGCUACGCGUCUACUUCUCGCAAAACUACUGGGGAGAUCCCGAUACCUGGCACCUCAACGCUCGCGGCCACUACGACCUCGGGAUGCUCAUCGCUAGUUUACUCCUCGAUGUAGCCUGCUCUCCUCCGCCCAUCGAUCCAAUACCCCCAGAAGCCAGUCUACCGUGGGGAGUAGAGGACGACCGAGUCCCGCCCGUCCUACCAGGCCGUUUCAUGAACUCUACCGAACUAGACACCCUUCCUCGUCUGGGCGUCCUGGACGGCUGGGACCCGGACACGGAGCAUCGUCGGCCUACCUGGAGGCCCAUAUGUGUAUCGGAACAAUCGCCAGACGCCACCACGUCGCUGCAUCCGGUGAUGAAUGACGGAUGGGUGCAUUGGGAAGAUCCGGAUGGUCAGACCAAGCCUUACUUGACAACUCAAACACCCGGGGCGCGGGCGACAUUUGAGAUUGAGGUAGGGGAUGUGGGGCGGGUUAAAGUCUAUUCGAUGCGAAGUAGGGAUCUGGGGCUGGGUUUGGUACGGUGUUGGGUGAAUCAGGAUGAAGAUCAGGCUGUCAAGGUUGUCGGUUACUGGGAUAAUGAUGCGAGUAUCGGCCGAUUGGCGGUUGUGAGAGAAGGGGUGGCGCCGGGCUUCCACACUGUCACUUGCGAGUUGCUAGAGGAGACUGCAGACCCAGGUGGGGGACAUGAGUUUAGGAUGAUAGCUAUCAUGAGGUGA